AUGUCUAGUUGUCAAUCAACCGGUGCUACAUCUACAACACUUGCUCCUGUAAGAUCAGAAGAUCCAGCAUGGGCCCAUGCACGUGCAGUGCCAGGGGCUAGAAAUAAUACUGAAUGUUUAUAUUGUAAUAAAGUAAUUAGAGGUGGCGGGAUCACUCGGUUGAAGUAUCAUCUAGCUGGGAUUCCAGGCAAUGUAGAAGCAUGUAAAAAGGUCUCUGAAGAUGUAAAAUGGCAAAUGAAAGAGUUGCUUGAUGAAAUGAAAAGAAGCAAAGAGAAAAAAAGAAAAAUAAGCUUGGAGAUUGGAGGCGAUAUAGAUUUAACAUCUGAUGAUAUUGAUGAUAGUAAUAGUAUGGAGGGACAGUCUCAGCUUUCAAAAGGUAAGGGGAAGUCGAGAGAAUCUGGAACUGGAAAGUCAGUGGGGGGAUUAAGUAGAUUUUUUGCUCCAAGAACAACUCCUGGGGCCCAACCUUCAAUUAAGAGUUUUAUGUGUUCGAAUGAGAUGCUUGUACAAGCAAAGAUGGCUGUAGCACGCUGGUGGUAUGAUUCUAAUCUGCCGUUCAAUGCGGCUCAAUCCAAGUUUUAUCAACCAGCUAUCGAUGCCAUGACUGCUAUCGGGCCAGGAUUUAAGGGCCCUUCUUUAUAUGAGUUGAGAGGAAAUUUGUUAAAGAUGGCUGUGAAUGAGGUUCAAGAUUAUUUGCAACAAAUUAAGAAGGUUUGGAAUGACACCGGUUGUACACUAAUGGCAGAUGGUUGGACAAAUCAGAAGCAACAAUCAAUAAUCAACUUUUUAGUUUAUUGUCCGAAAGGUACAAUGUUCUUGAAGUCUGUUGAUACAUCUGGCCUUAGAAAAGAUGCUGAAACAUUGUUUAAUAUCUUUGAUGAGGUUGUUCAAGAAAUUGGAGCUGAGAAUCUUGUGCAGUUCAUAACAGACAAUGAUGCAAGUUAUAAAGCUGCAGGAAAAAAGUUACAACAGAAGUAUGGCUCUUUCUACUGGUCCCCUUGUGCAGCUCAUUGCAUAGACUUGAUGUUGGAGAAUUUUUGUGAUCCAAGAUAUUUUCCCCUUAUUGAUGAUACUAUAAAAAAGGCAAAAAAGAUAACAAAGUUCAUCUAUAACCAUGGUUGGGUUUUGGCAUUGAUGAGACAAGAGUUCACCAAAGGUCAUGAUUUGUGUCGUCCUGCAGUUACAAGGUUUGCGACAAAUUUUUUAAGUAUCCAAUGCUUGCUCUUGUUUAAGAAAGAACUGAGACAAAUGUUUACUUGUGAUAAAUGGAUUGCAUUAAGUCAUUCUAAAAGCAUCAUAGGGAAAAAGAUAGCUGGGAUUGUUUUAGAAGAUAAAGAGUUUUGGGCUCAAUGUCAAUUUAUUGUUAAAAUUAGUGAGCCUUUGGUUCGUGUUCUACGACUUGUUGACGGGGAUGAGAAGCCUGCAAUGGGAUACUUGUAUGAUGCAAUGGAAAGAGCCAAAGAGAACAUAAAAGCAAGAUGUAAUAACAAAGUUAGUAUAUUCAGUCCAUUCACCAGGAUCAUUGAUUCUAGAUGGGAUAAGCAGCUUCACAGUCCAUUACAUGCGGCGGGUUGUCUUCUUAACCCUGGAAUUUUCUAUAGCCCCAGCUUUAAAAAAAAAAAAUGA